UAGGACCGAAAGACGGACACGGACACUCCGACCACGCGCCCAAGCAGAAACCCAGAGAGCGACCUGUUUCGUGAAUAUUCCAUUGCGCCAACUACCAUCGCGAUCUCCCUUCGCACCUCGGUUGCCCUUAUCUGCCCGCCCGCCCGCCUACUAUUGCACUCCCUAGCGUCUGCCCUGAUAGCGCCCUGCGACAACCUUUCCUACUCACGGUCUAGGUUGUAAGAAGAGACGAGAUUUGAACCGUUUUUCCCGAGCAGCAAUCCCAUCACUCGAAGUUAGCCCCGGCGACAAGGCAUACCGUACCCUAUUUAGGUCCCCGGCAGACAAACCCCAGCGACAUUCUAAGACGAUACGAUUUUAUUUUUAGCCACGCGCCACAUCCCGAUCGUUGACACCCCCUUGCGACUAUCCCUGGAACGCUCUUCAAGAUGAGUAACUGGUGGAAAAAAUUGCAGCGGGACCGCUCGCAGAUCCCCGAGGUCGUGAUUCCUCUUGCCGAUGCCCCCAAUACGAUCUCCCAAACGGAUAAGGAUACCGAAUCCAAUGUCAACAGCUUAGAUUCCCAGGAAAAGGGUGCCAGUUCCGCAACCCAGAGCACUACGCUAACCCUGGAGGCCCUCCGUGCAGAGGUCGACUCUGCCGUCUCUGCAUCGGGCCAUAACACUGUCUAUGAUCGCAAGGCCAAGAUCAUUAACAAGGCCAUUCAGGAUAUCGGCAUGGGCCGCUAUCAGUGGGAGCUUUAUAUCUUGUGCGGAUUUGGUUGGACUGCUGACAACCUCUGGCUACAGGGAGUUGCCCUGACCCUUACCCCUCUCUCCAUGGAAUUCGGCAUUUCCGAGUCCUAUGUUCGCUUUACUACCUGCGCCUUGUUCGUUGGUCUGAUUGUUGGCGCCACUUUCUGGGGUCUUGCAUCUGACAUGAUUGGACGUCGAUUGGCUUUCAACACGACUCUCUUCCUGUGUGGCGCGUUUGGUCUUGCAUCGGGCGGCGGUCCCAGCUGGGUUGGUACCUGUGCCCUCUACGCUUGCUUGGGAUUGGGAGUAGGUGGUAACCUGCCCGUCGAUGCUGCCAUCUUCCUCGAGUUCUUGCCCGGUGCUUCAGGAAACAUCCUGAGUUCACUGGCCACAUUCUGGUCAGUGGGUACUUUCAUUGCCAGUAUGCUGGCCUGGGCUUUUAUUCCCAACUACUCUUGCUCCGACUCGAGCAACUGCACCAAGGAAAAUAACAUGGGCUGGAGAUACCUUGUUCUUUCUCUAGGUGCCAUCACCAUGGUGUUCUGGAUGUGUCGAUUCUUCUUUUUCAAGCUGUAUGAAUCGCCCAAGUUCCUAGUCUCCAAGGGUCGGGAUGAGGACGCCGUCGCGGCUAUUCACGGCGUUGCCCAUCACAACAAGAAGAAAACCUGGCUCACGGUGGAAAUCUUGCAAGAGAUUGGCGGAGCUGCCGAGGAUAGCAAGGAACAGAACCUUACCUCUGCGCAAAUCCUGAAGCGCUCAUUGUCCAAAUUCUCCGUGCAGCAGAUCGGACCUUUGUUCUCAUCUAAGCGUCUUGGAAUCACCACCGCCCUCAUCUGGCUCUGCUGGACCACCAUCGGCAUGGGAUACACCCUCUUCAACGCCUUCCUGCCCCAGUACCUCGGCUCUUCGUCUUCCGUAUAUGUUACCUACCGUAACUACGCCAUCACCUCCGUGACCGGUCUCUUCGGUCCCAUUCUCGCCCUCUACAUGGUCGACAUUAAGUACGUCGGUCGUAAGGGUACAAUGGCCCUGUCGACGUUGGUCACUGCCGUCCUGCUCUUCUGCUUCACUGCAGCCAAGACAUCCGACACUCAACUCGUCUGCUCUGCUCUCGAAUCUUUCACCCAGAUGAUCAUGUACGGUGUCCUGUACGCCUACACUCCUGAGGUCUUCCCCGCUCCCAACCGUGGUACCGGCUCUGGUAUCGCCAGUUGCCUGAACCGCAUUGCUGGAUUCUGUGCCCCUAUCAUCGGUAUCUACGCUUCCGCGAACCCCAGUGCGCCUAUCUAUGCUUCCGGUGCGUUGUUGCUGGUUUCGUUCGUGGCGAUGAUUCUGCUGCCGAUUGAGACUGCGGGUAAGCAGAGUUUGUAGAGCAAGGAAUCCCUGGUGAGGAUGUGUACAUGUUGGGGUUUGGAAAGAUGGAGAUGUCUUUCUGUUGAUACCAUUGUUGUUUUGUAUGUAUGUAUAUGUUGUUAUGACCGAGAUAGCGUGCAUAAUUGGUUCUGGGAGAGUUGAUAGAAAAAUAGACGGGUUCAUGAUAUAAUUCAUUCAACGUUGAAAUAAGCAGAA